CCUCAGGUGUGUCAGAGUCUCACCUUCAGCUGAGCUCAUCUGUUUCCUGGUUUUAUUCAAACAGCUGAGAGGAAACUGCAGUCUGGACCAAAGUCUUUCUGCAGCAGAACCAGAACCAGAACCAGAACCAGAACCAGAGUUUGGAUGAAGACGUCAUCAUGUGAAAGCUGAAACUGCAGGACUUUUAUUUUGAAAUCUGACUGAUGCUUCCUGUUCCUGCAGCAGAGGUCCACUUGUCCCCCCGUCUGUCCAUCACCUCCCCUCAGGGCUGACCUUUGAACUCACCAUGAAUCCUUACGAGGACCAAACCCUGAACGAUGGUUCUGAUCCUUCAGACAGUCCAAACCCGUACAGCGGGUCCUUGUCCUUGUCUCUGUCGGUCCUCCAGGCGGGCCUGGGCUCUCUGAACCAGAACUCUCCUGUCACUCAAACCUCUCUACAGGUCUGGUCCUCCAGCUCCCUCUUGGCUCUGCCAGACUUCAGUCCGUCCUCAGAGAACCCCUACGCUCCCCCCGUCUGCCCCCCGUCCUCCCAGGUCUCAGUCAGCGUCCCGCCCCCGGACCCCCAGCCGUCCCCCGCCCCGUACCAGUGGUCCGAGGAGACGGGUCCGGACCUGGAGUGCUCGGUCUGCUUCUGCCAGUUCAACAACGUGUUCCGCUGCCCCAAGAUGCUGCAGUGCAAGCACACCUUCUGCCUGGAGUGCCUGGCCCGCAUCAACGUCAAGUCCAGCCAGCCCAGCGCCAUCCAGUGCCCCCUGUGCCGAGGCCUGACCCCGCUGCCCCCCCUGGGCCUGCCCAAACUCACCACGGACCCCAACGUCCUGUCCUACCUGCCCGCCGCCAUGCAGAGGGUCUACAGCAUCCGCUUCAUCCGCAACAAGGGCAAGCUGCAGGUGAAAAGGUCCUCUGAGGGUUCAGGUCCAGGUCAUGGCUCUCUGGUGUCGCUCAGGUCCGUGAACCGGACCCUGGACGUGGGUCUCCCCAGCCUGGGCCCAGGCAGCGGAGGACCAGGGUCGCCGGGUGGCGGCGGCGGUUUAGCCGGCGCCCUGUUCCGCCUGACGGGACGUCCGGCGUGUCGGGCCUUCCUCCUGACCUCCGUGGUGCUGAUGAUGGUCCUCCUGACGGCCAUCAUCAUCUUCCUCCUCGCCUACAAGAGGAUCACAGGCUGACUGUGAGUGACAUCACUUCCUGUCUGAUGGGGGGAGGGGCUUAAAGUCCACUGUAUGUAAGGAACUUUAAUGACUGAAUCCAACGUUUGGACCUGAAACUGAUCCAGAUGUGCCAAAAAACUGGACUGUGUUCACCUGAAGGUCCAAACAUCUAAAACUAAACAGUUCAAUCUGGUUCCACCAGCAGAACCUUCAGAUUAUCAGACUUUUCUUUGGUUUCUGGUUUGGAUUAAACUCAGAUUAAACCUAGAUUAAAGCCAGAUCUGACGGCUCAUCUUCAGUUUCCUCAUUUGUUUUCUGAGUUUGAAAGCAGAGUUUCACAGAGGUCAGGUUGGACCGUUUUUGUCUCAUAAGCAAAUGUUGACAGGAAUCAUGCAAACGAGCAGGAGGGACGGACAGAUUAUAAAAAGUGUUUUUAUCUCUGCAGCUCCCUGAGCUGACAGCUUCGACUUUGUUUUCUUGUUUCUGUCAGAGAGAGGACUAA